GACAGCUUCAGCUUUUCUGUCUGGACCAACAGAUGAUUGAUUUGCUGCUGGAAACAGUGAUGGUGCAGCAGAUCCUGCAGGGGGCGCUCUGGGGCCUCAGUGUUCAGGAAGUAGUGGAAUCCAAAAAGUGUUCCUCCCAUCAUUUGGUGAAGUUGCGUCACAUGUGUCCCCGCAGCUUCCACGGAGGGUCAGUCCACCCACGGAGAGCGGGGAAAGCACAGCAGGCGAAACGGGCUGCGAGUAAUUCUUGGUUCAUAACAACAGAGCUCAUUGGUUUGAUCUCUAUGAUUUCAUCGGACCUCCAUCCCCUGGAAAAGGUCACGGCUCUUCCUGCUAAAGUUGCGAUGGCGGAGCGGGUUCUGGUGGUAGGAGGCGGGGGACGGGAACACGCGCUGGCCUGGAAGCUGGCCCAGUCGCCCCGGGUCCAGCAGGUUCUGGUGGCUCCCGGAAACGCAGGAACCGCCAGCUGCGGCAAGAUCAGCAACUCUGAGGUGUCGGUGAGCAACCACAGCAUCCUGGCUCAGUUCUGUAAGGACCACCACGUCGGUUUGGUCGUAGUCGGACCCGAGGCGCCGCUGGCAGCAGGUGGAGUCGAUUCCAGUUUCUUAUUGUGGGAUCAAACCUCAGGCGGUUCUGACCCGUAUCGUCUCUGCAGAUCAGCCUCCAUUUUGAGCUGCAGGAUGGAAAUAACUUGCUGACUUGUUACUAGAGGCCAGAAGAUGGAAGAUCAGGACAGAGCAGAACCUCCAGGACCCAUCAGUCCAUCUAUGAGGAGUGACCGGUCCAAAGAUUCUAAUCCACACUUCAGUAAUGAACCUGGAC